GGUUCCUGUGAGAGUGAAACUUUGCUGUUCUCGAGCACAUCCGGUCCUUUAACGGCCCCGUGUCCUCUCAGGCCCUCUCACUGGUGACGUAAGCGUUACCGGGACACCGAGCGGCUCCACGUCCAGCUGAACGUCGGCCCGGUAACAGAGCCGGGGACCGGACGUGGCCGUCAAAUAGCGUCGACAGCCUCUGGUUGAUCAGACGACGAGUCACGUCUUCUGUCAGAGACACAAACAGUGGAUGUCCCCGCUCCACUAGGUCACACAGCCAUCCUGGCAAAUCAGAUGGAGAAGCUCCAGGACCUGAGCCAAUCAGAGCUGCAGGAGCUCCUGGACAACCCAGAGAGGGUGGAGUCUAUGGCUCUGGAGUCUGACGAGAUCCAGAACAUCCAGCUGGAGAGAGAAAUGGCAUUGGCAUCAAAUCGCAGCCUGGCUGAGCAGAACCUGGACAUGAAGCCUCGUCUUGAGUCAGAGAAGGAGGUACUGGUGGAGAGAUAUUCUCAGCUGGAGGCCAUCAGAGAAACCUACAGACAACACUGCUCCAUGAGAGAUGGGAUGGUGGGUCAGGUGUCCCCAGAGGCGUUGUUCUCCAGACUACAGACAGAGGGCAGCAAAACGGAGGCAGAGUCAGAGGCUCUAGCGGAUGAGUUUCUGGAGGGCACUCUGCCGUUGGACCCCUUCCUUGAUCGCUUCCUCUCCAUGCGAUCCCUCGCUCACAAAAGACGGGUGCGGAUAGAGAAACUUCAGGAGAUCCUACGACAGAGGAGCGAGGGCAACCCCAACGCCAUGACACCAUCUGCAGGCGUCAGCCAAGACCCCGCUGCCCCCCCCUCACCAUGGAAUCAACCAACCACAACAACAACGACGCCAAACUCCACCCCUCAGUCCUCCAGCUACCAAAACGCCUCUCAGCCGGCCUCCUCGUCUGCAGGGGGCUCCUCCGGUCUCCCCUAUAGCCCCUACCCCGUCUCCCCACCCAACCCUCCCCAUGCAGCCGCGGCGGGCUCCGGCCCAGCCAACGCCCCGGUACAGUUCCCUCCGUACCCAGGUUCCGGCUCACCUUUCAACCCAGCAGGGAGCUACGCCGGCCCUCGGCCAGCCUUCGGGCCUCCGGCUGCAUCCACCUGCCCUUACCCGACCCCGCCCUCCUUCCCUGCCCCACACCCGGGCUCAGCAUUCGGCCAGUACACCCCGAGCCAACCCCAGAGUGGCCCCGCCCCCUACCCGGCCUCCUACAGCUACGGCGGCUACAGCUACCCAGCCGGGCCGGCGUAUUCCAAUUCUCAGUCACCAACAGGGAGACCCAUCUACAGACCAGGAUAUGGAGUUCCACAGCCGUACUCAUGAGAGCACUACUACUCCUCCUUCUUAAUUCUUCCUCUCAAAUCUUCCCCUCAUUGCUCUCUCACCUCCCUCCCUUAACUCCAGUCUCCCCCUUCCUACACCUUCCUCUUCCUCUUGUCUUCUUCUACCCUCCCGUUUCUUUCUCUCAUACUGAGGUCUUUCGCUUUACAUUUCUUUGUUGCACUAUUUCUCUCUUUCCCUAAAUAUCAGUCUGAUGAUCUCUCCGUCUUUCUCUGUUUCCUUUUCCCGCUCUCUGUCACCCUACGACCCACCAAGUCCCCCACACUAGUCUCAGGUUGUUGCAUUGUGUUUAAGUGUUAAAACACUUGUCUGGCCCUUCAUUCCCUCACUCUUCUCCCUUGUUCCCUCACUCCUACCCUCCUUCCCUUCCAUUUCUUGUGUUAGUGUGUGUGUGUGAGUGUGUGUGUGUGUGUGUGUGUGUGUGUGUGUGUGUGUGUGUGUGUGUGUGUUGCUAUUUGGCAAUCAGAAAGUCCUUAUAAACACACAAGUGCACUCCCCCUUAUGACAAUUGCAUGUCUUUGUAACAUCACAUCAGUGUCCAGUCGCCGUCUGACACUGAUGUUUUCAUGAGCACAGUCUGCAUAGAGAAAGCGACUCAUGAUGGGACUGGGCUAGUGGCACGACAUUGGGCUCAUCAAAUGCGAUUGAAUUGGCGAUGGUACAUGAAGUUAGUUUAAGAUGCACGUUAUCCUCAGCAGUAGCUGCUGGAUCUAUCAGCUCUUCCAGGCUCUUCCCGUCUACAAAAACAAGUGUUUCAUUAUGCACAUACCUGUAGUCAGUGGGCAGAGGAACCUCCAGUCCCCCUAUAUUUUGUCAACCAAAGAAUCUUGUGACGAUCACAGUGCUUUGUUUUUCCCCUUUUAAUUUAAUGCUAACAUAGAAAGAGGAAGCUGCGGCUGGUGAUGUAGUGACUACUAGCUGUGCUAGCUGGUGAUGUAGCUACUACUAGCUGUGCUAGCUGGUGAUGUAGUGACUACUAGCUGUGCUAGCUGGUGAUGUAGCUACUACUAGCUGUGUUAGCUGGUGAUGUAGUGACUACUAGCUGCGCUAGUUGGUGAACUACUUCAGCUGGCUAGCGAACCACUAACAUGCUAGCCAGCUGCUAAAAAUACUAGUUUUCUGUUUUCUCUGUACUAGUUCACUCUCCCUUCUCAUUUGUUCCCAGAAUGCUUGUUACUGAAGAGGGACAGAGCUGUUUUUGUCUGUGUCCACUUGGGGGCAGUGUAAAUCUAGCUGUAACCACAUAGAGAUAUAUGACCUGGAUGGUGUAAACAGAUGCUUGUAGAGCUGAGGGAACAGCAGAGCUUGUUAAUAUUCUCAGUGAUAAACCCACAGUCUGCUGAUCCACUGUUGGAUGGGUCUUUAACCAACCUUUCCUUCCAGUCUAUAGUCAAUUCAAAUUGUAAUGCUUUCCCCAAAGCGAGUCUCCAUUCCUAUUCACAAAUAAAGAUGGCAACUGCACAUGAAGGCAGCUGUCAUUUUCAGUUGUUUGUUAGCGUAUCUUAAAUUUGUAGUUUCAUGUAUCUAUCUCAUUCUACAAAAAAAUCACAAACGGUAAGCAAGACAAGGCAGGAAGCAGUUCCACCAGAUGUUUGUAAAGGUUUACUACAACAGACAUGAGUUAGCUCGCUAGCUUGAAUGGCUUAUGUUGGAGUCAGAUUUCCCACCUCUCCAAAAAACACGAUUGGAAAGCACCAGUUCUGAGGUGGAGUUGGUUUCAGAGUCUUGGAGCUCUUUUCACCUUUUAAAUGUUUAGGUGGUCUGCGGGGAUAGAACCUCAUGUCCUAUUGGGAAACUCUUUCAGAUCUCCACUGGUAAAGUAUGGUGCUUCUUUGCUAAGAGCAAGUCAAAUCAAGUGUGAGCAAUGAAACCUGGAUUGUUUGAUGUGGGCUCAGGGGGAGCUGGGAGCACUGUAGUCCUUUAGUAACACUGUAGUCCUGUAGUAAGACCCUCACUGAAACAUGACACCUGCUGCAGUCCGUCGUUCAGUCCGAACCAAACACACUUCCAUUUCUUUGUUCCCACGUUGUCUGUAAGAUCCCCUCCAACAUGUCUGUGGUCCUCAUCCCUUCCUCCUGUCCUGACCUCCUCUCCAUCACUCUCCUCUUCUUUUGUUCUGCUCGUUGAAUAUGAACUGAUGCUUGACAAUGAUAACCAGAAGAAAAAAGUUUUAUUUCUAUAAGUUCCCACUAUCCGUGAGAAUACAUGUGAUGUGUAUAGUUUAAUGGAGUGAAAAUAUAAAGUUGGACAUCAGUUCUGUGUCAAUUUAAUCAAUACAAAUAAUAUAAUUGAAAUGCAAUGUAGGUAAUUGAUGAAAGCUCAUUUAUUGAUCUUUUGGAGGUACAUGCCACCUCUCUAAAUUUGUAUUACAUUGUGGAAUAAACAUGAAAAUAUAA